UUUGAGGACUGUCUGUGUUAGCCCCAUGCCCAUAGGUUUCAGUCACUUCACACAAUUUGAUGUAAAAUAGGCGAACAAAAUUAGUUAUUACCUUCAUAUUGGUACACAUACUUCUGGAGCGCUGAUAUAUGUCAUUGUAGUAUAUGACAGGUCUAGACUAGCUAUCUAAAAAUAAAUUAUAUAUUGGCACAGUAUUUUACUAGUAAUUGUAAAAAAGGGUUAGUUAAACAAAUAUUGUUGUAAAACAUGAGCUGAACAAACUCUUUGUUUUGUUUUUUGUUAUUUAAUCUUUAGAAUAUCUCAAUAAUAGAGUAGUAAAUACAACUUGCUCAUCUGUCAUUUAUGUUGGUUUAUUUUAAGUUUUAUCAAGUUAUUCCAACAUGGAGUUCCAUUCCCUAAAUCAAUAUCUGCAAGAAGUUUCAACAGCAUUAGAUGAAUGUGAUGGUGAAGCACUGGCAAGUUUUGUCUCCUUCAAAGAUCCCCACAUUGCAAAUUCCAAGCUACAGAGAGAUGAUCCAGAGGGAAGUUGCCAAAGAUAUUUAGAGAGUCCAUAUGAUAAAUUAUUUGCUGCUCAUGUAAAAGCCUGUUUCUCUGUUGCAAGUCACAAUUUCAAGGAUGCUCAUGGAUAUCAAGUUCUGGCUAUACAGUCAUUUGUUAAAGCUUUCCAAUUACAAAAAGAUGAAAAUUGGGCUCUUCCAAUCAUGUAUGCAUUAAUUUUGGAUCUGAGGACAUUUGCAAAUAAUGCUGAUAGAGAAUUACAAAGAACGGGCAAAGGGAAGAAGGGUGAUAUGCUGGAAAAAGCUGCAGACACUGUGAUGAGCUGUUUUAGAGUUUGUGCUAGUGAUGGGAGAUCAUCAAUUGAAGUGUCAAAGAAAUGGGGAAUGUUAUUUUUAGUCAAUCAACUUUUUAAAAUUUAUUUUAGAAUAGGAAAACUACACCUUUGCAAACCAUUAAUUCGAGCCAUCGAGAGUAACAAUAUAAAAGAAAGGUUUACUUUGGCCCAGAGAGUGACCUAUAAGUUUUAUGUCGGUCGUAAAGCAAUGUUUGACAGUGAUUAUAAAAUGGCUGAUGAUUAUCUAACAUUUGCAUUUGAGAAUUGUCACAGAAAUUGCAAGAAAAAUCUGCGGAUGAUUAUGACGUACCUGGUACCUGUUAAAAUGUUGUUGGGGAAUCUUCCUCCACAAGAAUUAUUAGAACGACAUAAUUUAACGCACUUUGGUGCUGUGGCCCAAUCAGUAAGGACUGGAAAUGUUCAACUUCUUGACAAAACUUUGGAAACGCACGAAACAUUUUUCAUAAAAACAGGAGUUUAUCUCAUUUUAGAAAAAUUACGAGCAGUUGUUUUAAGGACACUAUUCAAGAAAGUUACAGAGUUGCUAAAAACUCACCAAGUUCCAUUGCAAGCGUUUCAAGAUGCUUUGGAAAUGCAAGGGCUUGCUGACAUAGAUAUGGAUGAAACAGAGUGUAUCGUGGCUGGUUUAAUAUAUUCAGGAAAUAUCAAAGGAUACAUAUCUCAUCAGCACAAAAAACUUGUUGUCAGUAAAGUGAAUCCUUUUCCUCCCAUUGCUGCAUUGUCAUAACUCAUAAUACAAACUCAUUUUUCACUUCUACACUGCCAAGAUUUUGUAAUAAAACAUUUUAUAACAAUUGCA